AUGUACUUGGCCUCGGAUUGGAGAUGUUCCUACACGUUUACAGGGAAAUCGUAUGGAGCCAUUGAAGAUCAAUUUUCUCAUCGAAAGACAAACGUCGCCGAUAUCUCAUGGAUACAUGCUAAACCCAUAUCCUCUUUCCCAGGUCUCUGUCGUCGUCGAAGGUGGCCAGACCCACACUACGAAGUUCUUCAAUGUAAUGGCGGUUAUAGUUGCAUUGUCCGUGUCAACCACCGAGAGUAUUAUUGCGAAAAUAUAUCGGAAUCAGAGGUUCUUGCUCGCGAAGCAGCAGCGCAACGUGCCUAUCAGUUUUCCGUGAACGAAAGCCAAUUCGCAAAAGCUGCCGGCGUAAUUGUUGCCCCGUCAAAAGCAAUCUAUGCGAGCACCCCGAUUAUGUGA